CCCAGCCUGCGAGCAGUACCCCUGCCCCUGGCAGCACUACAACGGGUCCAUCGACUGCCCCUGGCAGCUCUACAACGGGUCCGACGACUGCUCCAGGGCCGACCACAUCCACGACUACCGCCGCUCCUGGCAGCACUACAACGGGCGCGUUAUCGACCACCACAGGGUCGGCCACGACAAGUACCACAACCCCGACUCCCCAUGG